AUGGCCAUCGAAGAAGCUCAUGAUCUCUCAACUCUCACUCUUGAUGGACUUAUUGGCAAACUCGAGGUCCAUGAAAAGAAGGUCAAGGAGAAGGAAGAAGCUCCCACAAAAGCAACCGAGGAGCCACCCAAAAAAUCAAAGUCCAUUGCGCUCAAGGGAGAAAUUGAUGAUUCAUCAUCCUCGGAUAGUCACCUAGCCAAGGAUUGUCCCAAGCUCAAGGAGAAGUAUUUGAAAUACAAGAAGAAGAAGGCAAUGUAUAUUGGUUGGGAUGAAUCCGAACCAAGCGAUUCAGAUAACGAUGAUGAGGGCGCCAAGAUUGCUCUUCAUGACCCAAACAUUUGUUUUAUGGCUCACGAAGAUGAGAUUUUGGCCCAGCAUAUUAGAGAUGCUUUUGAGAGUGAAGAUGAAAUAGAGAAGUUGACAACCGAAGAUCAAAUUCAAUUUUGGCGGAAUACGGCCAAAAUUAAUUGGAAACUACUCCACACUGUCAAGCGUAAUAAGCGCCUUCAAUGGGAGGAAUGCUCUAAGGAGAUACAUAGGCUGAACAAGAAAUUAGAGCGUUAUGAAGGGACCGCUGACUUGAUUGACCCCGAAGACCUGAAGAAGAAUGUGAAGGGGAUUAUGUCACAGAAAGAGGGGCAUAUAGGGUCUGCACAAAAGAAAAUAAGGAGGAGUAUUGAUUCUGAGGACAGGGGUGAUGAUGGAAUUUGCUUCGAUUAUGACGAGGUAACCAAUAUUGGCAAGGAAGCAGAGAAGGAGUUAGAGAAAGGUGAAUGGCAAGAGAUGGAGGAUGAUAAUUUGGAGAAAGCUGUAGAGAGUGAGGAGGAUAAGAAAGAGGAAGCGACUGUGGAUGAGAAGAAAGAGGAAGAGCAAGAGCAGGAGAAGAAUGAGGAAGAGGAAGAGGAAGAGGAGAAAGUGGAAGAGGAAAAACAUCCGAAGAAAGAUGAAGAAAUAGUGGUGGAGAACAGAGAGGGAGAAUUAAGUGGUUGA